AUGGGAAGUAAUUGCAAGACUAUAGUGUGGUUUAGGAGGGAUUUGAGAAUAGAGGAUAAUCCUGCUUUAGCUGCUUCAGCAAGGGAUGGGAGUGUAUUACCAGUAUUCAUUUGGUGCCCAAAAGAAGAAGGUCAAUAUUACCCCGGUCGAGUUUCCCGGUGGUGGCUGAAGCAGUCUCUCAUAUAUUUGAAGCAGUCUUUGCAAUCUCUUGGGGCUGAUAUGGUAUUGAUUGAAGCAGAAAGCACUCUUUCUGCUCUUUUGGAUUGCAUCACUGCUGUUGGGGCAACAAAAUUAGUAUAUAACCAUCUUUAUGAUCCUGUUUCACUUGUUCGUGAUCACAAUAUUAAACAAAAGUUGGUUGAGCUUGGCAUUGAUGUGCAAAGCUAUAAUGGAGACUUGUUGAACGAGCCUUGGGAAUUAUAUGAUGACAAUGGACAUGCUUUUACUAGGUUUGAUGCAUAUUGGCAAAAGUGUUUAUUCAUGCAAAGAGAACCUGUUUCACAUCUUCCUCCAUGGCAUUUGGUGCGAGCUGAAGGAAGUACUGAAAAGUGUUCGAUUGAGGAAUUAGGUCUUGAGGAUGAAUCAGAGAAGUCUAGUAAUGCCUUAUUGGGAAGAGGAUGGACACCUGGUUGGAGCAAUGCUGAUAAGGCUCUAACAGAUUUUGUAGACCAUCAUCUGCUAGACUACUCAAAGGACAGACUCAAGGUCGGUGGGAACUGUACAUCUCUCUUGUCCCCGUAUCUUCAUUUUGGGGAACUCAGUGUUCGAAAAGUUUUCCAAUCUGUGCGUAUGAAGCAAAUACUUUGGAAAAAUGAACAGAACUCUGUUGGAGAAGAAAGUGCGACACUUUUCCUUAGGGCUAUUGGGCUUAGGGAGUAUUCCCGCUACAUCUGUUUUAACUUCCCUUUUACUCAUGAAAGAUCAUUGCUGAGCAACCUGAAAUUUUUCCCUUGGCAUGCUAACAUGGCUCAUUUCAAGGCUUGGCGACAGGGCCGAACUGGUUAUCCUUUGGUUGAUGCUGGAAUGAGAGAGCUUUGGGCCACUGGGUGGAUUCAUAAUAAGAUUAGAGUAAUUGUUUCGAGUUUCUUUGUAAAGUUUCUUAUUCUUCCAUGGCAAUGGGGAAUGAAGUAUUUCUGGGACACACUUCUGGAUGCAGACUUGGAAAGUGAUAUCCUUGGUUGGCAAUAUAUAUCAGGAAGCUUGCCUGAUGGGCAUACGCUUGAGCGUAUGGAUAACCCCCAGGUUCAGGGAUUCAAUUUUGACUCGGAUGGUGAAUAUGUAAGGCAGUGGUUGCCUGAGCUAGCAAGAAUGCCAGCUGAAUGGAUUCAUCACCCAUGGGAUGCACCUCUAACCGUGCUUAAAGCAGCAGGAGUGGAGCUAGGGUUUAACUAUCCAAAGCCUAUAAUUGAUAUAGAUUUGGCCCGAGAUCGACUAACAGAAGCCAUAAUGGUCAUGCAACAAAAGGCAGCAAAUGCCAGUGGAACAGAUGAAGUUGUCGGUGAUAACUCGGACACUCAUGAAAAUGAGGCCAUUCCGAAGGUAGUGUUGAAGCAAAAGAUUCCUUGUCCCACAAGCUCGUCCCAUGAUCAAAAGGUGCCAUCAAUGCAACAUUUCAAGAAUAGUCUACCGAAUAAAAAGAGACCAAAGCCCACAGAAGAUGAGAAGCCGCUGAAAAAUGACUUGCAUAGUUGCAACAAGGGAGAUUCUAAACCAGACGACGACUUGUGCUCUACAGCAGAAUCUUCUACAAAGAAACAGACAACUUGCAGUAGAAAUUCUUUUUCUGUCCCCGAAACCUUAUCUUCAAUUUCAAAGGACAAUUAUUAUCAGGGCCAAGACUCUUAUCACCUUAAGCAUGGAAUUAAUGACGAGAUUGACAUGCAAGAGACUUCAAGCAAACACGGAGCCACAUGA